GGCCAUCAACUACGCACCUCACGGUUAUGCCGCGCCGCGCCGUACCUACGUGGGAGGAGCUGGGCUGAAACAAUGCCGGCAGGGCCUCGAGAAGGGGCUUCAGCCCAUCGCCGCGAGCUGGAAGAGUGAUGUCAUCACCGUCUCCUCCGACUUGAUGACCGAUCGGUGCGGGAGGCCGCACGCGAAUGUCAUGCUGGUCAACGAUUCGGGAGCGGUGUUUAUCGAGGCUAUCGACGGCAACAUGGAGUCAAAAACCGGCGGCCUAUCCGGCGGCUACAUAGCGUCCCUCCUCCGGCCCAUCAUCGAGAAGGUGGGGCCCGAAAACGUGGUAGCCCUUUGCAUGGACGGGGGCUCCAACUACCGGGCUGCCUGCAAGGAGCUGAUGGCGGAUUGGCCGCACAUCGAGUACGUGCCGUGCGCUACGCACGUGCUCGACCUCCUGAUGGAGGACGUGGGCAAAAUCACGUGGUGCAAGGACAUUGUGGAUCGGUGCGGGGACAUUAUCAUCUACGUCCGGAACCACCAUUUCACCCGCAAUUACCUGCGGAGUAGGAAGGUGAAGGGAGGAAAGGGGAAGCAGCUUGUGAAGCCGGCGGGGACCAGGUUCGGCACCAACUACAUCGCCCUCUCAAGGCUCGUCCAGCUGCGGUCCACACUGUCGCAGAUGGUGCUGAGCGAGGAGUACGCCAACUUGUCGGCGGGGGCUAGGAAGCUGACGGCGGAUACGUUCCGCGGCCACGUCAUGGACGACGCAUGGUGGAAGAACGCUACGUACCUGGUGGAGCUCUUGGCGAUUCCAAUCAAGGUGAUGCGGGCCACGGACAGCAGCGCGAAAGGCAUGAUGGGAACCAUCUACGACGUUAUGCUGCAGCUGACCGAGGACGUGAACGACAAGCUGGAAGCGGGGGAGAAGAUUCUGCCGCGGGCGGUUGCGGAUGACAUUGGGAAGACUGUUAGGCGCCGUUGGGACGAGAGCCUUGCUUGCGCUCUUCACGUUGUGGGGCGGAUCCUGAACCCGGCAAAUCAGGAAGAGGGUACAUUCCGCAACGACGUGGAAUGUACCCGCAUCUUCAAGGCGUUCAUCGCACGUCACUACGACGGUAAGACGUUCACCAACAAGGACGGUGAGGAGAGGCGGGCCUCUCCUGUUUUGCAGGAGGGGCUCACGGCCUUCCUCACCCUUGAAGGAUCCUUCGGCCUCCCUGAGGCAAUUGCUAACAGGGAGGCCGUGAAGGCAGGCAAGCACUCGAUGGUGCAGUGGUGGGGAUGGCACGGGACUGACCACCCCCACCUGGCCAGCCUUGCAUGCCGUGCCCUGACACAGCCGGUGUCGGCCUCGCCUUGUGAGCGCGGGUGGGCAUCGUGGGAGUCGGUGCACACUGCCCGCCGCAACAAGCUAGGCUCGGAGAAGCUCCGAGACCUAGUUUAUGUGACCCACAACUGGCAUGUGGUCCACAAGUACCACAAGCGGGGUGAGUCACUGGCGGUGCUUCCGGGCAACACCCCUGAACCCGCUCUGCCGGAGGGAUACAACAAGGAGAAGGAAGGGGAGGAGGAGGAGGAGGAGGAGGAGGAGGAGGAGGAGGAGGAGGAGGAGGAGGAGGAGGGGGAGGAGGAUGAUGUCGUGCUGGCCGAUGAGUACGUGGAGUAA